UUCUCUACAUUGGAAAACCAAGCAAGGCCAAAAAUAUUUGAUCUGGAGAUAGUGACACCUGGAGUGCUGUAUGAGGAGGUGGUGGAGGUGGACUGCAGGGUGGUGCCAGCUAUGGACGGGCGGUGCAGUCUGACUCACCAGUACCAGCGAGUGGAGGGCAAGACAGGGGAGCCACUGUACAUCCACGACGGCCACUAGACUCAGCAAGCUUACUCUCUCAGCUCACUGACCUCAAGGCUCGAGGCAUCAACAGCGUAGCCGUUGUUCUCAUGCACUCUUACACAUAUGUAGAGGAUGAGUUGUUGGUGGGAAAGUUGGCGGAGAAGGCAGGGUUUGAUCAUGUCUCUCUCUCACACCAAGUCAUGCCUAUGUUGGCGCAUUGGUGGCCAGAGGUUUCACAGCCUGUGCUGACGCUUACCUCACACCUCAUAUCAAGAAAUACGUCCAGGGCUUUGCCUCUGGAUUCAAAGAUAAUUUGAAAGGCGUCAAUGUUUUGUUUAUGCAAAGUGAUGGAGGUCUCACACCAAUGGAUUUGUAAGUAUUCUCUAUAAUAAAUACAUUUGAAUAUGUGAA